GGAAAGAAGCAAGAUGGCGACGGGUGAGAAGCAUCUCGACCCUUGAUUGGGGAAGCUGCCUCUCUCCAGAGCGGCUGGCCAAGAUUCCUGUUCUUCAUAAAGAAGGAAAGCCCCAGAGAUUAGGAGAUAAAUGGCUUCCAUCCGUGCUGCUGGGUCCCAGGCAUCUUUGAUGUUCGAGGACUUAGCUGUCUAUUUCUCCAGAGAGGAAUGUGUGAGUCUGGAUCCUUCUCAGAACUCUCUCUAUUGGGAAUCUGUGCCGAAGAAUUGCAAAGAUUUAAGCCCAUUUGAUUUGUGCUGUGGAUAAUGGACUGGAGGGACAGAGACUAGAGGAGAUAUGCCAGACAUCACAUAAGGAGAAGAUGAUAUUUGGAUUCUCUCUUUGUAUCAGCAGGAGACAACAGUGAAAAGGAAGAGGAAAAUUUUCAUCAAGAAAAUGGUGAACUUGAAGCAGUGUCUUCAGAAUGGUACAAAAGAGACAUUUCUCUGCUUCCUAAAUUGGGGAAGGACUGUGAGAAUGAACCAAAAUUCCCUGAUCAGAAACAAGUAGAUAUGCCCAUUUUUCAAGAAAAGAGAUUUAUAAGUCUCUUGAUUACUAUUGAAAAUUCCACUCAGUUUGAAGAACUUUCCCAGUGUGUAGAAAGUAGAAUCUCUUGUACCCAAGAACAGGCAGCACCAACAUCCUUUAAAUGUCUCCUCUGUGAUAAAGCCUUCAACAAAAGAGCAUAUCUUAUUUCACACCAGAGAAGCCACACAAGAACAAAACUCUAUAAGUGCAUUGUCUGUGAGAAAAACUUCAAUAAAAAGUCAAAUCUCAGUGCUCAUGAGAGAGUCCAUACAGGAGAGAAGCCUUAUAAAUGUGAUACUUGUGGGAAAAACUUUGCUCAGAGAUCCAACCUUGUUGCACAUGAGAGAAUACACAAGAAAUCCCAAACAUAUGAAUGUGCUAAUUGGGGAAAAAACUUCAGUCAAAGAACUUACCUCAUCCACCAUGAGAUUAUCCACCUAGUAGACAAUACUAAUACAUGUCAUAUGUGUGGGAAAAGCUUCAUUUGUAAGUCAAAGUUUAUGCAGCAUCAAAGAACUCACACAGGGGAAAGACCUUACAAGUGUUCAACAUGUAAUAAAAGAUUUAGUCAGAAAUCAGAUGUUUUAAUUCAUCAAAUAAUUCAUACUGGAGAAAAACCUCAUAAAUGUACUGAGUGUGGUAAAAGCUUCACUCAGAAAACAAAUCUCAGCAGGCAUAUGAAAACACAUACAGGACAGAAAUCCUAUAACUGCAUUGACUGUGGGGAAAGUUUUGGUAGCUUUUCACACCUUAUUACACAUCAGAAAAUCCACAUGGAAGAGAACCCCCAUAAUUGUAAUCAGUGUGGGAAAACAUUUAUUUGGAACUCAGAUCUAAUACACCAUCAGAAAAUUCAUACUGAAGAUAAACCUUAUAAAUGUCCUAUAUGUAAGAAAAGGUUCACUAAGAACUCAAAUCUUGUUGCCCAUCAAAAAAUUCAUACAGGAGAGAGGGCCCAUAAAUGUAAUAAUUGUGAAAAGAGUUUCAGUCGGAGUUCACAUCUACUUAUUCAUCAGAGGAUCCAUACUGGAGAAAAACCCUAUAAAUGUUUCAUAUGUGAGAAGAAGUUCAACUGCAGUUCAAACCUUAUUACUCAUCAGAGAAUACAUACAGGAGAAAAACCAUAUAAGUGCACAAUGUGUGAGAAAAGUUUUAGUCGCAGCUCAGACCUUGUUAAUCAUGAGAGAACACACACAGGAAUAAAGCCUUUUAAGUGUGUUAUAUGUAAGAAAAGCUUCAGUCGAAGUUCCCAUUUGGUAACUCAUCAGAGAAUCCAUACAGGAGAGAAACCCUUCAAAUGUGCCAAGUGUGGGAAAUGUUUCAGUGAUAAAUCCUACUUCAGUUACCACCAAAAAAUUCACAUUCAUUAGGACUGAAGAAAUGAAGACUAUGUUCUUUUAAGUUGGCCAAAGAUGCUAAGAUGAAUGGAAGUAACUUGAAACCAUGUGACCAAAAUUAGAAUCUGAAGAUAAUAGUUUGAUAAGUGGAAAGAUGAAAUUUAAUGUUCAGUUGUAUAAACAGAAAUAUUUUAUAUUUGUGUUGGCAUUUAAACAAUGAAUUGUUCAAGGUUAUUAACACCAGCCUGAAAAGAAAAGCUGUAAUAACUUGUCUUUCAUUAUUAAUUCCCAUUGAAUUGUUCUAGUCUUCUUUUAUUUCUUUCCUGCCAUUAUGCCACAUAGGUUAUGUUAUGGGAGGCACAGGGAAAGAAGUAUUGGGAUUAAAUAAGUACAGAAUGUUUUUAAGUUGUCUGAGAAUUCCAAGUUAGUUGGAAAUAGCUAGAACCUUGGUGAACAAGAUUAGAAUACGAAGAUUGAGUAGUUUGGACUAUGAAAAGAUAAAGUUAAGUUCAGAUUUAUAAACAAAUAUUUUAUAUUUGUGUUGAAACAUCAGGUGGAUUUGUCAAGGUAAAUGAAACCAGCUUGAUUAGAAAAACCAAAGGGGCUAAGUUUUGUCAUUGAUUCCCAUAAUUAAACCUGUUUGACUGUCCUUUUAAUUCCAUUUUGAUUCUUCAGGUUACAUUAUGGGGUAGAUCCCCAGAUGAAGAACAUAUCAGUUUCUAGUCUACCUAACUCCAAUUCAGUAAAAUCAUUUGGUGAUAUUUCCAUUUUUCAGAUAUUUAUAAACUAUUAUUCUACUGUCCUGGUCAAAAACCAAGAUACAUGACUAUAAAGUAAUAUAUAACUUCCUUGUUUUUUAAACCAUCGGGCCACAACUUUGAAGUUCUAAAUGAGUGUUGGAACUUUUGAAGUAGUCCCCCACCCCCACCCCCGGAAGCUACAAACAUUCCAUUGGUGCUGCUUUUCCUCAAAGAUGUGGAACUUCUCUUUGGGAACUGUUUUUAGAACCUAUCACAUACUACUUUGAAAAUCCAAAUCAUCCUUUGAAUAUGGAUUUGCUUUUCAGAAUCAGUCAAAAAUUAUUCUGAGCCAAGAAUCAGGUCGUGAACACUCAGAGUUCAAAAAAUAAGGUGUAACUACAAAGUAAUAAGACCAAAUUUCCUUGAAUGGAGUUCCCACUAAAGCAUUUUGACCAGCAUCAUUGGACUAAGGAUAUGGUUUCUCAAAGGAUAUGACUUCGAAGACAACAUUCCUAUUAGGGGAUCAGGGAAGCAAUAUGGUAUAGGAACAAGCCUUAGAGUCAGAAGACUUGGGGUUCAAAUCCUAGUUCAGCCACUUACAGGUUGCCCUUGGCCUAGUAAAUUUACCCUCUGAGCUUUGGUUUCCCUAAUUGUGAAAUGGGGCUAAUACCUUACAGGUACUAUAAUCUUACAGGACUGUGGCAAGAAAGCAGUUUUGUGAACCAUAAGUACUCUAAGGUUUUUUUUUAUUUUUAUAAGAAUAAGUUAUAGAAUCUUUCCUAAAUUAAUCUUCUUACUUUGUAAUUACACUUCUUUUUCAGCUUCUUUGGGUUGGGUUUUUUUUUCCAUAAAUGAAUCCCUUCAAUUCUUUAUCAUUGUUAUGACUUCUUUUUUCCCCUUUCCUUGGUUCCAUGAGAAUGGAACAUCUCAGAAGUCUAUACUCUGAAAUGUCUUGUCUUAAAGAACAGUUGAUGGAGAAACAAAGGAAUGUAGCUAUUUCUGGAUUGAUCACAUGGGAAUUAGCUUAUUGAUCAUAUGGGUCCUUAGCUCCAAAUUAUACAGGUAUUUUUGUUCAGAUGUAAUUCAAUAGUUCUUCAUGUGGUGGUAUAUGUUCCUCAAAAAUUUCAUGUAAAGCAGAAUUACUUUAACUGUGCUGGCAGAGUUUGUCAUUUAAAGGAAGGCUUUGUGGUUUUUUUUUUUCCUUAAUGCAGAUGAGUCCCCCUCAAUCCCUGGCAUUUAAGUUUUUAAGAAAUCUAAAUAUCUAUACGUUGGAAUUUACUUAGAGAUACAUAUAACUGUGUUGUGUAUUCAUCAUCACUACUCUAAUGAAAUUCUUUUUUUAAAUUAACCUUAACAGGUGCUUUAGUCAAACAGUAGUUCUCAGACUUUUCCGUUUUGGACCCCUCUUCCAUAGAAAAAGGACUAGCAUCUACCAGAAUACCUUGUACAAAGAACAGCUCUUUUGUUCUAAUUGAAUACCAACUCCACCUAUUCCUGCUUGCUAUGGCAAAAGAAACAAAAUUAUUUGAUAAUUUAGUGAAUGAUAAAUCUGUUUUCAAAACA